AUUGGAGGGAUUGUGGGGGGAUUGCGGGAGCCGUAGUGGCCUCCCCCUCCGCCGCCCGACGAUGACGGUGGUGCAAGGGGAAAGCUGCGCGUGGCUGCUGGUGCUUAGCUCUGUGUUCCUGUGCAGCCUCUUUAAAAUCCUCCUCCCUUCUUUCUCCUCCCUUAUAUCCAGGCUGCUACAGAAGGAUGCAGAGCAGGAGUCACAGAUGAGAAUGGAAAUUCAGAACAUGAAACAAGAACUCUCGACUAUUAGUAUGAUGGAUGAAUUUGCCAGAUAUGCCAGACUGGAACGAAAGAUUAACAAAAUGACGGACAAGCUUAAAACCCACGUGAAAGCCCGAACAGCCCAAUUAGCCAAAAUAAAGUGGGUCAUAAAUAUUGUUUUCUACAUUUUGCAAGCUGCCUUGAUGAUCUCUCUAAUCUGGAAGUAUUAUUCUGAGCCAGUAACUGUGCUGCCAAGUAAAUGGAUCGCUCCAUUAGAGCGCUUAGUAGCAUUUCCUACAGGAGUAGCAGGUGGCGUGGGAAUUACUUGUUGGCUUGUGGUCUGCAACAAAGUUGUGGCGAUUCUGCUUCACCCCUUCAGCUGAAGAGGAGGAAGAGCUCCUCCAGAUCAGAGUUAAUGUGGGUUUCUCUGGAUUUCUUUUGAUUUGUUUUUGUUUUCUCCCUCCCUACCUUGGUCUGUUGGACCUGGUGGGGAAGGGGAGAGAGAGGAAGAAUUGUUUACCCUCAGAAUUGAGCCUAAGUGAUUCUCCUUUGUCACGCAUCGGAAUAACUUCAGGCAGCCAGGAGGGACCCUGCAGCCCUGGACUGGUGGGCUGCCUUGAGCCACCAUUCCCAGGCAGCAGGUUCACAGUCCACUUUAACGCACUACAAAAUAUAGUAAGCGUUUCGUUUACCAUAAACAGUGUAAAUUUGUAGACACAGCCAUACGAUAACCAAAAAUUGUGUCUUUUAAAUCUGCCAUUCUUGCGGAGUCCGUAAUACUAAAAGGAUAACACUAUUAAUAAAGCUUCCAUCUUGCAGUUUACGAACCUGAUCCUGGUUCACAGAGGAGCUUUGCUUAACAGCUGCUCAACAAGGUAACAACUUUAGAACUGUCACUGAGUUAAAGUCAGUGUUAGAUGUACUACUGUUGAUUUUUUUUUUAAGUACUGUUUGGUAGUGUGCUGAUUUGUAUGUAAAAUGUCUGCCUUUUUAAUGUGAAGCGGCAUUUCACGAUAAGUUUAAUUUGAGAGGUUGUGUUUAGUCAGAAUUUAAUAACCUGCUUAGGAAGGUGGACCAAGAAGCGGGGAAAUAGCAGAUCAAGGGGUUUGACUUAAACUAUUUAACUGGAGGCCUCAGGAUUUUGCCUAAAAACAUCGUUCUGUAAAGUCUGUAUUAAUGAUUUUUCUGUAAAUAAAAGCUGCUACAAAGAUCAA